AUGUUCACAAACCAUCGCGAGACCAUGCUGUCAACACUGAUCAAGGUCGAGCAAGCAAUCGACAAAGGCCUUGCUAGUAAAGAUAAGAGUUACGGCGAUAUGGCCUUCACGGAGUCUGUUCUGGAGUCGGUUUCCAAGCUGAAGCUUAUCCUCAGCGCUGAAAACCACGUCACAAUUAACGGGCACCAACUUGACCUCGCUGGUGUAGUAGCGGUCGCUAAAUACGGAAUGAUGCCAGCCUUCAUCGAAGACGAUGAGAUCCUCCAAAAGAUGAAUGCCAGCAUCUCAUUCUUGAACAAGUAUCUCAGUGCCGGUAAUACGGUCUAUGGGGUCAACACCGGGUUCGGAGGAAGUGCAGAUGCGCGAUCGGACGAUCACGAUACACUGCAAAAGGCCUUGAUCCAGCACCAUAAUGCAGGUGUGCUGCUUCCUGCUGAGCAGGGCCUUCAGAGUUCCGUGAUCCAAGACUGCAUGAAAAAGCACAGCAUGCCCACUUCCUUCGUAAAAGCUGCCAUGCUGACUCGGUGCAACAAUCUAAUCCGUGGCCACUCUGCCGUCCGUCCUGAGGUCGUUCGUCACAUUCUAACUCUGGUUGCCAACGACUGCACACCUGUUGUUCCACUGCGAGGCUCCGUCUCGGCUUCCGGUGAUCUGACUCCUCUUGCAUACAUUGCAGGGGCCAUCGAGGGCAACCCAGACAUCUUUGUAGAUUGCGGGUCGAAAAACCGUAAUGCCACUCUCCGCGCGGACGAAGCUCUCACCAUGCUAGGACUGAAGCCCCUCUCCUUCCUGCCAAAGGAGGGACUCGGACUUCUCAACGGAACUGCCUUUAGUGCCGGGGCAGCAAGCCUUGUGUUGUUCGAAGCCAAUCAGCUGGCCAUCUUCGCUCAGAUCACCACCAUCAUGUGCACGGAGGCAUUGAUGGGUACACGGCGCAACUUCCAUCCGUUUAUCGGAAAUGUUCGCCCUCACCCUGGACAAAGGGAAGCAGCACGCAACAUGUACAGCCUUCUGGCAGACUCCAGGCUGGCCACCAAUGCACACCCCGAGAACGCUGGCCUUGCCCAAGACCGCUAUGCAAUUCGCACCACGUCCCAGUGGAUUGGUCCUCAAAUCGAGACGUUGGCUCUCGCAACACGCCAAGUAGAGUGUGAGUUGAACUCGACGACCGACAACCCAUUGCUAGACCCGUUCCACGGUGAGGUGCACCAUGGAGGUAACUUCCAGGCAGUUUCGAUCACGUCUGCAAUGGAAAAAAUUAUGACCUGUAUGCAGAUGAUCGGGAAGAUGGUAUUUGCGCAGUGCUCUGAGCUCCUGAAUCCGAUGUUCAGCAAGGGUCUCCCACCCAGCCUCUGUGCCGACGAUCCUAGCCUGUCUUUUGCUUUCAAGGGUGUCGACAUCAACAUGGCAUCCUACAUGAGUGAGCUUGCAUACCUCGCUCAUCCAGUCAGCAACUCUGUCCAAUCGGCUGAAAUGCACAAUCAGUCGAUUAACUCGCUGGCUCUGGUCACGGCUCGCUACGCAUCUGACACCGUUGAGGUGAUGUCUCUUAUGAUGGCCACACAUAUCUAUGUGCUCUGCCAGGCGCUGGACCUUCGAGUACUUCAGCUCGAGUUUGAAGACACCGCCAAGGACCGCGUAGACGAUAUCACAGCGAGCCUGUGCGAAGAGGUAGUUCCUGCCGAUUGUGUCCCACGUAUUCAGGAGUUGGUCUGGAAACAGCUGAUUCAACACUGGACCCGAAACACCAACCUCGAUCUUGCUGAUCGUGCAGAGACCUCCGUAAGCAACACGCUGGGAACGCUUCUCAAUUUGCUCAACUCCCAUUGUGAUAACGAAGACUCCGAUAUUUCUUUGACUGUGCUGAACUGGCAGGAUGGGGUCAAGUAUAUGCUCGUUGAACAGUAUGAUGUGACUCGCGAUGAGUUUUUCUGCAAUCCAACCACGACAGACUAUCUUUGCACCGCGUCGACUAAGAUGUACAACUAUGUGCGUAAGACUCUCGGCGUUCCGAUGCACAAGGGGAUUGUGGACCAUCCGACUUACCUGCCACACUUGCUUCCGAAUGACAAACAGUCGAUUGGAUCGCUUAUCAGCACGAUUUAUAUCGCUCUCCGCGAGGGGGACCUCAUGCAGACCCUAGUGGGCUGCUUUGAGAUCCCCGUGCUUGAUGGUAUCUCAGUGGACGAGAAGGAGUAA